AUAAUACUUAAAGAAAGACAACUGCGCCAGAACAGGUCAGAAAUAUAUGGAAUCAAGGGAGGAAACUGACAGUAACACAUACAUAAAUAAUUUCAAGGAAUUCACUGUUACAGAAAUAUUACUGUAAGGAUUAAACGAAUGACAUAUUGGCAGCAUUUCUAAAAAUCCAUAACACACGUUCUAGUAUAUUAGUUUUUUUAGGAAAAGUAUAUAUACCCCGUGGUCUGCUUAAACGGGUAACGUGAGUUUCAUUUCUUCCGAAAAUUAAGAUAUCAGAAAGGAAUGCUUUGUAACUUGAUUGGGAAUAUGUGAGCAUAGACCUUCACUGUACGAAACAAUAAAACAUAUUAUUAGAUGAGUACAGACACAAGAAGACAGAAGGGUCUGCGAAAAUGGAUGACCUAGAAGGGACUGUGCAAGUGGAUGUCCUAGAAGAGAAUGUAGAAAUGGAUGACAUAGAAAAACAUACUGUGGAAAUAGAUAGCAAAAUAAAACAUACUCUGAAAAUGAAUGACCUUGAAAAGAAUGAAAAAAUCGAUGACCUAGAGGAGAUUGAGAAAAUGGAUGAGAUAAAAAGGACUGUAAACAUGGAUGACAGGGACGUAAAUGUGAAAAUAGAUGACACUAAAAAGGAAACUGUUACAAUGGAUGGUCUAGCAGAGAAUGUUGAUAACAUAGAAAAAGAGACUGUGAAAAUGAAUGGCAAAGAAAUGACUGUUGAUAUGGAUGACCUAGACGUGGCUGUGAAAGUGGAUGACGUAGAAGAGAAUAUAAAAGCGGAUGAUAUAGAAAAGAAUGUAAAAAUGAAAGACACAGAAAAGACUUUGAAUAGGGAUAAUUUAGGAAACACUUUGAAAUUGGAUGACUCAGAAAAAACCUUGAAAAUAGAUGUAAUAGGAGAGAAAGUGAAAAUGAAUGACACAGAAAAGACUGUGAAAAUGGAUGACAAAUUAGAAACUGUGAAUUUGGAUGACAUAGAAAAGACUGUGAAAAUGAAUGACAUAAUAGAGACUGCAAAAAUGGUUGACACAGAAAAAACUAUGGAAAUGGAUAACAUAAAAAAGAGUUUAAAUAUGAAUUACAUAGAAAAGAAUGUGAAAAUGAAUGACAUAGAAGAGAAUGUGAAAAUGAAUGACAUAGAAGAGACAUUAGAAAAGGAUGACACAGAGAAAACUGCUGAAAAUGAUAACCUAGAAAUUAGCGACAUAGAAAAUGGUUUGAAUAUCGAUGACCUAGAAGCGAAUGUGGAAAUAGAUUACAUAGAAAAGAAUGUGAAAAUGGAUGACAUAGAGAAAAGUUUGAAAAUGGAUGACAUAGAAAAUAAUGUGAAAAUGAAUGACAAAGAAAAGAGCUUGAAAUCAGAUCGCCUAGUUAAUAGACAGGAAAAUAAUUUCACUUGUGGAACAUGUGGCAAACGUUUCAGAUAUAACAGCCAACUUAAAGCCCAUAUUCCAACUCACUUGGAUAAAAGCUCUCGACCAUAUAAAUGUGAAUUUUGCCCAUGUUCUUAUGCUAUACCAUGUAGGUUAAAAGCUCAUAGGAUUAAGCAUACAGGAGUUAUCCCACUUGAUUGUGACUACUGUAAAAAGUCAUACACUGAUAAAGCCGAAUUCAUACAGCAUAUGAAACUGCAUGAUCAUGAAGACAAAUAUUUUUGCACUCUUUGUUACAAAAGGUUUAAGAAAAUAAAUUCACUAACAGGGCAUUACAAGUCCCACUAUAAACCAAGGGAACAUAAAUGUGAUAUUUGUCUGCAAGCCUUCCUGUCCGGGAGUCAUUUACAAAGGCAUAGAAACUCAGUUCACCAAGAAGCAGAAAGGAAAGUUUGUAAACUGUGUAAUAAAACAUUUUCCUGCGAUGCCUCCUUGAAUCAACAUAUGAAGCGUCACAUAUCAGAAAAAGAUUAUAUGUGUGAUAUGUGCGGGAAAAAGUUCAAAACGUUUCAAGAUGUUAGAAAACAUAUAUCAUCCCAUGUGUUAUCAAAACUUUUUGAUUGCACUAUAUGUGGAAAUUCAUUUGCAAAUUACGAAGUGUUAAAGAAGCAUCUACAGACUCACGAUACAUCAAGAGAAAAGACGUUUAAGUGUGACUUGUGCGGCAAAGCUUUUAUGACUCAUGGUAACCUUAAACAACAUAUAAGAUAUCAUGGUGCGAAAAAAGACGCAAAAUGUAAUGUGUGUGGCAAAUCAUUCAUGAAAAGAGACUUACAAAAGCAUUUAAGAAUUCAUUCUGAAUGUUUACACAAGUGUUAUGUUUGUGGAAAAGAAUUCCAUGCUCCAGCUGAUUUACGUAGGCACAUGUUUAUACAUACUGGAGAGAAACCUUACGUUUGUGAAUACUGUAACGCGGCGUUCAAUUGUAGCUCAAAUUUGUGUAGACACAAGAAAUAUAAGCAUGCUGUAUCAAGGCUUUACUUGUGCAAUAUUUGUGAUAGGACGUUUAAAACAAAGAAUUGUCUUCACAGUCACAAGAAGACUGGUCUACAUAGGAAUACUUUAAUCUUGCUUGGUAAAAACACAUAAACUUUUUUGUUAUGACAACAUCUUGUUUUAAAUACAAUGGCAACAUCAUGUUUUAAGUACAAUGACAACAUCAUGUUAUAAGAACAAUGGCAACAUGUUAUAAGAACAAGGACAUCAUGUUAUAAGUACAAUGGCAACAUCAUGUUUUAAGUACAAUGACAACAUCAUGUUAUAAGAACAAUGGCAACAUUAUGUUUUAAGAACAAUGACAAUAUUAUGUUAUAAGAACAAUUGCAACAUUAUAUUUUAAGAACAAUGACAACAUCAUGUUAUAGGGUAAUAGCAACAUCAUGUUAUAAGUACAAUGACAACAUUAUGUUAUAAAUACAUUGACAACAUCAUGUUAUAGGUGCAAUAGCAACAUCAUGUUAUAAUCGUGUUAUAAGAAAAAUUAACAUCAUGUUUUAAGUACAAUGGCAACAUGAUGUUAUAAAUACAUCAUGUUUGAAGUUCAAUGGUAACAUAAUCUUAUAAGUACAAUGGCGAAAUCAUGUUAUAAGUAUAAUGGCAACCGCAUGUCAUAAGAACAAUGACAACAUCAUGUUUUAAGUACAUGGGCAAUAUUAUGUUAUUAGAACAAUGGAGACAUCAUGUUAUAUAAAUACAAUGGCGACAUCAUGUUAUAAGUCCAAUGGCAACAUCAUGUUAUAAGAACAAUGACAGCGUCAUGAUACAAGAACAAUGGCAACAUCAUGUUUUAAGAAAAAUGGCAACAUCAUGUUAUAAGUACAAUGACAGCAUCAUGUUAUAAGUACAAUUACAACAUCAUGUCAUAAGAGCAAUGCCAACAUCAUGUUAUAAGAACAAUGGCGACAUCAUGUUAUAAGUACAAUGACAGCAUCAUGUUAUAAGUACAAUUACAUCAUCAUGUCAUAAGAACAAUGGCGACAUCAUGUCAUAAGAACAAUGCCAACAUCAUGUUAUAAGAACAAUGGCGACAUCAUGUUAUAAGUACAAUGACAGCAUCAUGUUAUAAGUUAAAUUACAACAUCAUGUCAUAAGAACAAUGCCAACAUCAUGUCAUAAGAACAAUGCCAACAUCAUAUUAUAAGAACAAUGGCGACAUCAUGUUAUAAGAACAUAUAUAAUCAACUAAUGUUUAUGUCAUUGAAAUAUUUGACAUCAGUUGACAGGGCUUCUAUUAAGUUUCAAAAUUAAGAAGUCAAAAACCACAAAACCACUGACAUUGGAAGUCACAUGAUAUAGGAAAAGAAGGAAAAGCAUUUGAAACUGGAAGUCACAAGCCAAAAUCAAGGUGUUAGUGACUCCAAAACUUGCAAUAAUGGAAGCCUUGAUUCUGAUGCAUGAUAGCCAAACAAUAUAGCUACCAGAAUAGCCGAUAAAUUGUGUAUAAUUAUAAUUAUUACAUUUGAUUUACAUUCGGAUAUAAAAGUUUGGACAAUAUUGCUUUUUCAUUGUCAUUACCGCGUUUAUAAAAUCACCGUAUUUUAAUUUUGAAAUAAAUAAUUUACUUCCUGUUGGUUUGAUUUAAAUCAUUAUGAUAUUAAAAUGUU